UAUAUGAACGUCCUGCUGGCACAUAGUGUACACAUAUGGGGCAAACAGGCACUUGAGGCUUACACUUGUGUGAUUAUGAAGGGCUUAGCACAGGGCUGUUGGGGUGCAUUUGGGAUGUUUGAGUUUGCUUAACUGAACAUCCCUCCUCAUGCAUACUGGAACAGGCACAUGGUUACUGGCAUUGACAAACUCAUCACACACACACAUGCUGUGUGCAGCUGACAGCUCAGCUCUAGGGUGCAGACAGAGAGAGGCAAAGGUAUAUAUGGUAAUGCUUUUUCUCAGAAUUAAGCAAACUCUUUUUGCGUACCAAGUCUGAGCCCGUCUCUGCGCUGCGAUGAACGCUUCGCGCUUGCUCAGCAUGGGAAUCCCCACUCAAGCCCCAAACAGCACCACGGUGAGCGCGAGCACUCUCGCCCCGUGGAAUUACAGCGCAGUGAGCGCGCACAAGCUGAUGGAGCUGCCGGCGCGGGCCACUACGGUGGCAAUGGUGCAGGAUGUUCGACAUCCUUUCCCCACAGUGGAUGUUCCAGACCACGCUCACUACACCAUCGGCUCUGUCAUUCUGGCAGUGGGCAUCACCGGCAUGGUGGGAAACUUCUUGGUCAUGUAUGCCUUCUGCAAGAGCAGGAGUCUGAGAACACCAGCCAACAUGUUCAUCAUUAAUCUAGCUGUCACUGACUUUCUGAUGUGUGUCACUCAGACGCCAAUCUUCUUCACCACCAGUUUGCACAAGCGAUGGAUCUUUGGGGAAAAAGGUUGUGAAUUAUAUGCAUUCUGCGGCGCUCUGUUUGGUAUCUGCUCAAUGAUCACACUCACGAUUAUUGCAGUAGAUCGAUACUUUGUGAUCACUCGUCCUUUGGCAUCUAUUGGCGUUAUGUCCCGCAAACGAGCCCUGUUAAUACUCUCUGCUGCUUGGGUGUACUCUAUGGGCUGGAGCCUGCCUCCAUUCUUUGGAUGGAGUGCGUAUGUCCCUGAAGGUCUGCUGACAUCCUGUUCAUGGGAUUACAUGACUUUCAGUCCUUCUGUACGAGCCUACACAAUGCUGCUCUUUACUUUCGUUUUCUUCAUCCCACUUUUUGUCAUCAUGUAUUGCUACUUCUUCAUCUUCAGGGCCAUCCGAGAUACCAACAGAGCUGUGGGAAAAAUCAAUGGAGAAGGAGGACCCAGAGACUCUAUCAAGAAGAUGCAUCGAAUGAAAAAUGAAUGGAAGAUGGCAAAGAUAGCACUCAUAGUGAUUCUUUUGUAUGUCAUCUCCUGGUCUCCGUACUCGUGUGUGGCUCUUACUGCUUUUGCUGGCUACGCUGACAUGCUCACACCCUACAUGAACUCUGUGCCUGCUGUGAUUGCCAAAGCAUCUGCCAUCCAUAACCCAAUCAUCUAUGCCAUCACUCACCCCAAAUACAGGUCUGCCAUUGCAAAAUAUAUACCAUGUCUGGGAGUCCUGCUGUGUGUGCCUCAUAGAGACCGGUUCAGCAGCAGUAGCUUUAUGUCCACACGACGCUCUACUUUGACAAGCCAGUCCUCAGAGACCAGCAACAUGCACCGUGCCGGAAAGACACGCUUGUCCUCUGUGUCUGACAGCGAGUCGGGCUGGACAGAUACAGAGGCAGAUCUCACCAGCGUGAGUUCACGCUCUGCUAGUCGUCAGGUCUCAUCUGACAUCCGUAAAGAUUUGUCAGACUUCAAGCACACCAGCUCUCUGAGGCUGAAUGUCAAGAGCAGAGACUCAGGUAUCUUCGACAGAACCUCGGCCCAGAGUCUAGCUGAGCCAAUCUUGAACCGGACCUGUACAUACAUCAGCACGGUGGGCGACAAAGAUGAGAUCUCCAUGGCUGAGGUCAGCCUGUCCAGUUGUCUCUCGUCCUCUGCAAAUACAGUCUCAGAGAACUUGGAUGAGAAAAGACUGUUGGCUCGGAUCCCUUCUAUCAUUGUGACGUCAGAGUCCAGUCCUGCCCUCCUCUCAGAGGGGCGCAGCGGUGGCCCAUCCAGACAGCUCCCAGGUGCUCCGGUGGAGGCAGCCUCUGUCACUGCGGAAGCUGCUGGGAUCGACUGAAUACUUGCUGCACUACUACUUAUUUAUACUUCAGGACAACAUCUUAACAGACUCUUGGUCAUUGGAAUUAUCCCUUCCUCCUUUUUGUCUCCUUUACACAGGGCUCAAAAAUGAACCUGCAUGCAGUUACAGCUGACACCUGAAAUUUGGCUGUGUUGUAUUUGUUGUACUUUUGCCUGUUUUGAGGUGAAAAAUGGGCAACCACAGGCUACGGGGUAAACAGGGUCUUUAUUUUUGAAAGAGGAUCCCCUUUAAGGCUUCUUUCAGUGGUGUGGAGAUAAGCAUCUCCUCUCAGGGAAGAAUGACAGUUCUGUGGGAAAAGCAGCGAUCAGUGUCUCAGUUAUGGAUUGACGCUGCUCAGAAUAUGUAUUUAGAUACAUCCAUCUCUUCUUCAUCCAUUAAAAAGUCGUGCUGCAGGCCAUAGGAAUAAACAGUUCCCUGCGUCUGCAGAAGAUUAAAAAUAACACAAUGUGACGAGAACUUUCAAACACCUAUUUUUUACAUAGCCAGAAAUUAAAUUCAAUGAAGGGUAGAGCCUUGUCUACAUGUGUAAUCACUCUAGGACAGAAACAUGGAUAUUUUAAUGUUUCUAUAAAGGUAAUGUGUGUAAUUGUUUAUGUAUAUACUGUAUGUAAAAGUGUUUUAAUUAUAAUGGCUGAUAUAGAUAAAUGUUUGAUGCUUUCUAAUACUACUUCAUUGAAAUAUAUUAAAAACAAAACAAUAAAAGCUAAAAUCAAUCAGUCAUUCAGAAUGAAUAAAGUGAAUUUAGGCAUCAUAACAUUAUAAUGUACUGUCUAAAAAUAUAUAUAUUCAUUUUCAGAUUUGAUAAAGAUUACAAUUAUCAAUACUUUUAACAAAUUGACUUUAUCUUCGCUGUUAAACACUUCAGCUUUGAGUUUUAGGUAUUCCCACCAACAUCAUAAUAAAAACAAGCACUUUGAUAACCAAUUAUUCUUGAUGCUGAUUGAAUACAUUUGUAGAUUUUUUUUCCAGCACUGUUAGGCCAAUGCAUAUAGUUGUAUAUAUAUUAUUGAAUGUUAAUGAGAAAGUGCGCUCAACAAAUGAUCUUGACUGUAUGAUUUCUCAUGUUUCUGUAUCCACAUGUGAAUAUUCAUAGUUGUGAUUGUCUGCAUGCUUUCUUAUUAAUAUAAAAUAGGCUCCUCACUGAUCCUCACUUUCCAUGCAGUCUACAGUAACCCAUAUUAUUGUGAAAAAUUGUCUUCUAAAUUCUGGUCUCAGAGCCCAUGGCUUUAAUGAACUGUACCUUUCAGAUGCAGAUUUGCCUUUCUGCUGGAUUUCAGGGAUGCUUUAGUGGGAUUAUUAUGCCAGCAUCUGGGAGUCCCUAGGGUUUAUAGGAAAAACACUUUUAACAAGAUUAGUUUUGGGAAAGUGCCCAGUCAAAACACUCCAUUGCUUUUAAAGGCUGCUGUUUUGUCAAAGUUACAUACACAAUCUCAGAUAAUGGUCUUUGACGCAGUUCAAAUGCACUGUCACUCUCUCUAUCUCUCCUGAGAGAUACGGUUACCUUUUAAUUUUGAUGGUAAGUGUUCUUCAUAGACGAGUUUAUGAUUUGACGAGGUUGGUUUGCAUAUUUACUGAUGUUGCCAGAAUGUUCACCUGAUAAGCAACUCUUCAUUUAGCGGUGACACACGUUUAGCAGUGAACACAUUCUGUAUAUCCAGUCACUCACAGUUAUCAUGUAGGUCAAUAGUGUGUCUGCUGACUUGCGUGUGAUUUGUUGUCUGGACGCCGUCGGGUGACAUAAUCAAGUGUUAUAAAUGAUAAGUUAUCCUAUUAGCUAAAGCCACCAGGUCAUAUUAUUUGUGAGAACAUUGUCACGUCUUCACUGCCCUUCCCUUUCCUGUUCUAUUGACUCUAAUUCUAAUGUUCACCCCUUAUUAUAUUAAUAGUUGCAUUGUAAAAUUCAUAAUGUUCAUUGAUUUACUGUUUAUAAAUGCACUUGCAAAUUAAGGCAGACUUUAUUUCUCAAUACCCGUAAAACUGCAUUUGUAUAUUUUUUAAUUAAAGCAGCUGUACAUAAUUUUUUUCUUUCCAAACUCUCCUGAACAUCUGUUCUGAGAUUAUGUAAUUUGGAACAAAUUCUGUGAAAAGGUUGGUCCCAGCUUACAAAAAAUAUGUUUCUAAGAACAUUCUGUUAUUGUCAUUAUUGAAAGAAAAUGUCAUUUCUCGAUGUUCUUUGAAUGUUCAAAACGUCCGAUUUAUUUUAUAAUUUUGCAAACAUUAUUGGAGCGCUAUUUUUAAAAGUACCUGAAUGUUCUGUACAAGAAGCAACAUUAAAAAUAUAUAAAAUAAAUAAUAAUAAUAUAUUUUGAGAGCAUUGAAGACCAGAUGAAACUCUAAACAAACAUUCUGUUACUGGAAGACUGCUUGUUGAUCUACUUUGAGAGAACCUUGACAGAAUGUUAGCCAAAAUUGUGAGAAUCUUCCUUAUGUCAGAAUCAAAUGCUUUUGUACAACUAUAGUGUAAUUACAUUAUAUAUGUAUUAGUUAUAUAUUUAGGCAAUGGAUUACACUCACUUAAAUGUAGGGGGCUCUAAAGUCACAAAAAUACACAAAACUGCUUACAGUUGCUUUAAAUAAUGGAUAUUUAGUUGGUUUUCCACUUAUAAUUGUCCUAGAAAAUUGUCCUGUGGCUUCAUGAUUCUUGCAUAUUAAUUCAAACCAUUUGUGACGAGUAAACCAGUGUGUUUAUGAUGCUUCCACAGUGCAAACCACAGCAAUCAAUUCAUACAGUCCUCACCUCAGCAGCUUCUCUAACAUGGAAAGGGACUGGAAACAUGUAGGCUUGUGAAUGUUUCUUAGUCAAGAGGUCCAGAUUAGAUGUAACGUGUGACUGUUAGUCAGAGGUGCUGAUGGCUGCUAUCUGGCAAUUUGCACUGCAGGACUGAAGCCUUUUGUUAAUAUUCAUCACCCAAAAUAAAUAAAAAGAAAGUAAAAAAGCAAAUUUCCCCCUCAUAAACUACUUCCCAAUGGUCUGGAAAAGCCUUGAGCAGCCUAUAAUGUAAGCAGUUGGUGGAAAGUGGCUCUGCAUUUAUAUAAGAUUCACUCUGACUCUUACAAUGAGCUCUGAACAAGGUCACAGGCCCCUGGAGAUAGGAUUAAAGAGUCAACAACUCUAUUCCACUGACUUUUUUCUUCUUUUUUUUCAAUUUAUAAUAGAGUAUAUAUAGCCUGGACUCUCUGACCUAAAUUAGAGAUGAUCUGAGUAUCUCUGCUGACCUUAUGUUGGGGCCGCUGCAAAACCAUAUUUUAUAGUCCUACUUUGGUAUUUUGUAUUUAUAUUUCUUUACUUAUUGUUUCUCCUAAUCUGUAAUUUUUGUGUGGUGCUACUGAGUUUUCGUCACAGCUGUUCUUCAUGCACAUUUUGGA